GAGCCUUCAUCACAUCAAGGCCUUUCUGUUUAGUCAAUAGUUGUCUAAAUUUUUCUUUUGCUAAACUCACAAGGCUGUCAUAUAGGCAAUGGGUGUUUUCACUUACGAAAACGAAGUAGCCACCAGCGUCCCUCCAGCCAAGUUCUUCAAGGCAUUUAUUCUUGACGCCGACCGACUUUACUCCAAGAUUGUGCCAAAUCAGCCGCAGACCGAAGUUAUCGAAGGAGAUGGAGGGCCUGGAUCUGUCAAAAAGAUCUCCUUCAGUCACGGCGGGCAAGUGAAAAGCAUAAAGCACAGAAUCGACGUGGUGGACGAAGCGUCGUUGACGUUCAAAUACACGGUGCUGGAAGGGGAGCUGUUAUCGGACUACGUUGACCAAAUUUCGAAGGAGUUAACGGUGACGGCAGGAGCGGACGGCGGAUCCGUUGUGAAGAGCGUCAGCAUUUACCACACCAAAGGAGAUCACCAGAUGGACGAGGAGCGACUCAAGGCCGGCGAGCAAAAAGGAUUGGCCCUUCUCAAGGCCGCCGAGAACUACCUCUUGGCCAACCCCGCCGAAUACAACUAAUUAAACAACAACAAAAAAAUAUAUAUUUAUAUGCUAUAAAAAAUAUAAUAUAUAUAUAUUAUAUUAUGGAAAAUGUUAUAUCUAUUAUGCGUUUGAUGUGUAUUUUGGUUUUAAGGGUGUUGUGUGGCUUUUGUUUUGAGUGUUCUUCGAAUAAGGGCUGAUUUUGUCCCUUGCGGGGGGUUUUUAUUUAUAUGCUUGUGGUUGUAUUUUGAGGUAUUGGUUGUAUUGGUUUCGAUAAAAUAAUUUCGAAUAAUGAAUUGGCAUUUUGUUCUUCGUGGAAAA